GUUUUGUUUGAGAAAUUAUAUACAUACAUGAAGGACUUCCCUUCUUGUUUCGGCGAAAAUGGUGUUCAAGUUUCUCAUCAAGCCUCUUCUUCUUCUUCUUCAUCAGAAGCUAAUAUCACUAGUAGCAAAAUAGCCCAAAAUCUGGUGACUUGUGUUUACCAAUGCCGAAUGAGAGACCUCUCUUGCUUCAUUAUCACUCUUACUUGGACUAAAAACUUAAUGGGUCAAAAUCUCUCUGUUGUAAUAGAUGAUUCAGAUAAUCAAUGUCUAUGUAAACUUGACAUCAAACCAUGGUUGUUUGCUAAAAGAAGAGGUUAUAGAAACCUCGAAGUUGCUUCUAAGUUGAUAGACGUUUAUUGGGAUUUGUCGUAUGCAAAAUUUGGGUCGUCGUCACCUGAACCAUUAGAAGCGUACUAUUUUGCAAUUGCUAUCAACCAAGAAAUCGUCUUGCUUUUAGGGGAUAUGGAGAAGGAGGUUCACAAGAAGAUUGAUGUAACUAGUAAGGUACCAAAUGUUGUUUUUGUUUCGAAAAGAGCACAUAUUUCUGGAAAAAAGGCUUAUUCUACGCGGGCUCAGUUCUGCGGUAACGGUCAAAUACAUGAUAUAUUGAUUGAAUGUGAUACAUUGGGUACGAAUGAUUCGUAUCUGUUGAUACGAAUCGAUGGUGCCCCAGUGAUGCAAGUAAAGUGCCUAAGAUGGAAGUUUAGAGGAAAUUAUACAAUUUUGGUGGAUGGGUUGCCAGUGGAAGUUUAUUGGGAUGUUCAUAGUUGGUUGUUUGAAAAACUAAUGGGAAAUGCUGUGUUUUUGUUUAAGACGUGUCUUUCGGCAGAGAAACUGUGCGCAAACGACGAUAGCUACCCCUCGUGGUCGAGUAAAGAUCGACAGUCGCAAGCACUUGGAUUCUCUUUAGUAUUGUGUGCCUGGAAGAAUGAAUAGAAGUUUGUGUAUUCCUGCGUUCUUUUUUGUUUCUAAUCCGACCGUGUGUGGUUUUAUUAUAUGGUUUGAUUAAGUAAUUAAUUAUAGAAGUUUAAAAUGCACUAAACUAAGUUAAUAAAAGA